GCUUGGCGUGCUGCACUCCAUGGGGUCACAAAGAGUCAGACACGACUCAGCAGCUGCACAACAACAGCAACAACAAUGCAUCGAUUCUGGGUCUUUAAUUUUAACAAAUGUACCAUACUAGUGUGAGAGAUGUUACAGAAAUGAAUAACAGAAACCUCAAAGAAAACAGUCAACAAGUCAAAGGAGGAGCUCUCACAACUUAGGACAGUAGCAGCCCGGAACCGGAAGAAGAAAGAAAAACUUCCUUUUUUCACCUGGCAAGAGUUUAGCCAAUGAGCGAUUGCCACAACUCAGCCAAUGAAAAGCCACUAUACUUGGAACUCUCAAUUCAUCCAAUGAUCUGUCUUCUUAUUAGACUUCGCCACUUCCUUUCCGUAACAGUCUUUUUCGCCUGAGGCAGAGGGCUUUGUUGGUGGCAACCAUAGUUGGAGACCCUAGGGUAUAAUUGUUUGCUGAUUCUGAGUAAAUCGGUUUUUACUGGAGAAGUAACUGGCAAACUGUUUAAGGUGAACAUUUUGGUGUCCAACGCAAGGAUACAGAGAAGACCCCACAACGACUCUGAGGCUAGUAAGCAGAUAGAACUAAGCUGAAUCAUGUUCCGGCUUCUGACCUCCUGCUGGUGUCAUCUAAAGACAACUGAAGAGACCCAAAGACAUGUAGCCAUCAUCAUCCUUGGACUGCACAACUCAGGGAAAACUGUUCUUGUGGAGGCGUUCCAGAGACAACUCCCUAGUAGGAGUAGGAUGGACAGUUGUUCAAACUCUGAACUAACCAGACUCCUGGUGGAUAUUUAUGAAGUUUCCAUCGAUGAUCUAAAAGGAGACAUGCAGGGCUGCGAAAUCUGGCCAAACUACUAUGCUCAGGCACAUGGGCUGGUUUUUAUUCUGGAUUCCAGUGACUUGGAGCGCAUGCAGGAAGUGAAGGUCAUCUUACCCAACAUGCUGUCUGAUGAAAGAGUGGCUGGGAAACCCAUCCUACUCCUGGCCAACAAGCAGGAUAAGAUGGAUGCCCUGACGCCUGGUGAGAUCAUUGAAUAUCUGCUGCUGGAGAGACGAAUGAAUGAGAACAAGUCUCCGUGCCGAGUGGAACUUUGUUCAGUUGUCAAACAACUCCAAAGGCGCCGUCAGCCUAUAAUUGAUGGCCUGUACUGGCUGUUAUCUGCCAUUGGGGAGAAAUAUGAAGAGCUGUGUACUCGCCAACAGCCACUGCCACCAACCAUUGCAGCCUCCAGUAGCACUAGAGGAUUUGAGGAAAGAUCCCCAGCAGACAGCUUUGCUACCCAGAUGGGAAUGUCCAAAGAAAACAGACAGCAUGUAGGACAACACUCAGUGGAACCUAAGCCUCUGAAGUCAAUCCUGCUAAAAGAAGGUGUAAGAAUAAGACCCAAGAAGAACGUAUCAGUAACCUUUGACUUAGAUGAACCCAUGGAGGAAGGUGAAUAUUCUGGGGGAAAUGGAUCUCAUAAUACUGCUGGACUGCAUAACACCAGUGGAGCUCAUAACACAGCUGGAGCUGGUAACACUGCUGGAGCUGGUAACAUCGCUGGGGCUUGUAUCACCGCUGGGGCUCGUAUCAUCGCUGGGGCUCGUAUCAUCGCUAGAGCUUGUAACACACCCGAGCUUCGCUAUGGUCCAAGUGAUGACUUUCAGCCCCCAGCCCCAUAUACUGAGGACAAUCUUUUUGAAGAGCCAACGGCAAAAAGGAAAAUGGGCACCUGGGACCCAGAGGACAUGUUACUGGACAAUCUCUGAUGAAGCCUUUGAAGCCUUUGAU